UGUCUGUCUGUGAUGGUGGUGUUGAUGUCUGACUGUGAUGGUGGUGUUGAUGUCUGACUGUGAUGGUGGUGUUGAUGUCUGACUGUGAUGGUGGUGUUGAUGUCUGACUGUGAUGGUGGUGUUGAUGUCUGACUGUGAUGGUGGUGUUGAUGUCUGACUGUGAUGGUGGUGUUGAUGUCUGACUGUGAUGGUGGUGUUGAUGACUGUCUGUGAUGGUGGUGUUGAUGUCUGACUGUGAUGGUGGUGUUGAUGUCUGACUGUGAUGGUGGUGUUGAUGUCGUACUCGGCCCGCCCCUGGCCCGCAUCUGGCUCGCAUCUGGCCCGCAUCUGGCUCGCAUCUGGCUCGCAUCUGGCCCGCAUCUGGCUCGCAUCUGGCCCUCAUAUGGCCCGUACCUGGCCCGUAUCUGGCCCGUAAUCGUAUGUACGUUGAACUUCUUUCACGCCGUACUUAGCCAACUGUACUGAUUGGAGAUUAGUAUGAGAGAAUGCGGUUCAAAGGAUCAUAGCGGACACACUGACACUCCUCCAAACACCUACUCGGACAAAGGGAACGAUCCCUACACACACCCAGACAGGGUUGGGGCAAGUGGUGUUAUCGAGCACAGCAUCACACACACAUCCUCUAUACACCACCAUCGCUUUAUAAACUCAAUCGAUUUUCAUUACAAUAUUCUAACAAUACAUAUGUGUGUGUGUGUGUCCAAGUGUGUUAGAAGAUGAUGGGGAGCGGUGGCGCUGGGGUUCGGGCUGCACCGCGCUCCUUAACCCGGCAAGCCGGGUUUGAUUCCCGCUCACGGCCACCAACUCCGGUCGACCCAGCCUCAAAUGAUUACCUGGUGCGGUGUCAACAUCGCCACUGGGGAGACAAAGGCGGCCGGGCGUGGUGGCGUCCACACCUCCGCCGUCGCGCGCCUUACCGGCCUUCAGGUGCUCCUCGCUCGCAGCACUUGCCCCGAGCAGUUUGUUGAAGGCUAUACGGGAGAUCUUUGUCUUUGUACUGUGUCCUCUGCCCCCCCGCCCCACCCGCGCGAGCGUUCUGCUCUUCGUGUUCACGGCGCUCCUUGAUUUAAUAUUCAAACAAUUAAGGCACGCGGUGAAUGCCAAUAGCGGCGUGCAACCACCACCACAUGCACCACACGCACCACCACCACCACCACCACAUGCACCACAACCACCACACACACCACCACCACACGCACCACCAUCAUCACCACCACACGCACCACCACCACCACACGCACUACCACCACCACACGCACCACCACCACCACACACACGCACCACCACCACCACAUGCACCACCACCACCACCACACGCACCACCACCACCACACGCCCCACUAUCACCACACACGCACCACCACCACCACAUGCACCACCACCACACGCACCACCACAUCCACCACAUGCACCACAUGCACCACCACCACACACACCACCACCACACACGCACCACCACCACACGCUCCACCACCACCACCACCACACACGCACCACCACCACACACGCACCACCACCAUACACACUCACCACCACCACACACCACCACCACCGCACGCACCACCACCACAUGGACCACACGCACCACCACCACCACACGCACCACCACUACCAGACGCACCGCUACCACCACCACACACACCACCACCACCACAUACCACCACCACACACGCACCACCACUACCACACACGCACCACUACCACACACGCCCACCACUACCACACACCACCAUCACCACACACACGCACCACCACCACACACGCACCACCACCAACACACACUACACGCAUGCAACCACCACCACACACGGACCACCACCACCACACACACGCACCACCACCACACACGCACCACCACCACCACACACUACACGCGUGCAACCACCACCACACACGUCACACCACGAAUUUUGCUGCUGUUGAUUAUGCUUCUGACGCCGUACAGAUGGAUUUGUGAUCGCGCACUGAACCAUAUAUUUGUAUCAUUAAAUAUGUUACUGUAUUUAUCGAUUGUUGUUCGAUUGUUGUUCGCGUUGAAACUGUGUGAUUGUGUUUCGGGGGAGCGGUUAGCGCUACGAACCCAACUCGACCCGAGUUCGAGUCCCGCUCACGGUCACCAACACCAGGGACAACUAUCAGAACCGGUGCUGGGGCUCCCCUAGGUCCACUCAGCCUCAAAUGAGUAUCUGGUGCGGUGUGUAAACAUCGCCACUGUGGAGACAAAGGCGACCGGGCGUGGUGCUGGCCACCGACCCCCUCGUGUGCCGUGCCGGCCUUCAUCGGUGCUACCCGCAAACAGCACUUGCCCCUACAGUCUGUAGAAGAUUAUACGGGGGACCUUUGUCUUGGUGUGUGGUGUUCGUGCAAGCGGGGGCCGCACUGAUCAGCUGAUCGCGGAGCGGGUUCACUCGGUCGUUGUUCGGAACGGAACUCGAAAUAAAGAGAGAGGAGGAGGAGGAGACGGUGGCGUCGGAACACGUGGAGUCGCGAUGAUUUUACGAUCGGGAGCAUCACGCGCACACACGUACACACACACACGUGUACACAAACACACACACAUGUACACACAAACACACAU